AUGGCCUCUUUGGAAGACCUUGAGGAUCUUGAGCAGGAAAGACAGGAGAAGAGAGAUAAGAAAGAUGCCGCCGAUGCAGAUGGCGAUGCAAAGAUGGAUGUCGAUGGAGAGAAGGAGGAGGAUGGUAUCGACCCAGAGAUUUUGAAACUCUCUACCUCCGAUAUCGUCAACCGGAAACGAUUACUUGAGAACGAUCUAAGGGUCAUGCGACAGGAGUACCAACGGAUUACACAUGAGAAGGCGAGUAUGAAGGACAGGAUAAAGGAUAACUUGGAUAAAAUCGAAAAUAAUAGACAGCUUCCCUAUCUCGUCGGAAAUGUUGUCGAGCUUCUAGACAUGGACCCGACUGCUGAGGCCGCCGAAGAUGGCGCUAAUGUUGACCUUGAUGCGACUCGCGCCGGUAAAUCCGCAGUUAUCAAAACUUCCACACGGCAGACAAUUUUCUUGCCCCUCAUCGGUCUUGUUGACCCGGAUAAGCUAUCUCCUGGUGAUCUUAUCGGUGUUAACAAGGACAGUUACCUCGUUCUUGAUACCCUACCUGCCGAGUACGAUUCGCGAGUCAAGGCCAUGGAAGUUGAUGAGAAGCCCACAGAAACAUAUGGUGAUAUCGGUGGUCUGGAUAAACAGAUUGAGGAGCUUGUAGAAGCUGUAGUAAUGCCAAUGAAGGAGGCAGAAAGGUUUAAAAAGAUUGGCAUUAAGCCCCCGAAGGGAGCUUUGAUGUAUGGUCCUCCUGGAACUGGAAAAACUCUGCUUGCUCGUGCUUGCGCUGCCCAGAGUAACGCUACCUUCUUGAAGAUUGCCGGUCCCCAGCUUGUUCAGAUGUUCAUUGGUGAUGGUGCAAAGCUCGUUCGUGAUGCCUUUGCGCUAGCAAAGGAAAAGGCACCGGCCAUUAUCUUCAUCGAUGAGUUAGAUGCUGUUGGUACCAAGCGUUUCGACUCCGAGAAAUCUGGAGAUCGUGAGGUACAGCGUACCAUGUUGGAGCUUCUUAAUCAGCUUGACGGUUUCUCAUCGGAUGACCGAGUUAAGGUCCUUGCAGCGACAAACAGAGUGGAUGUGCUCGACCCUGCAUUGUUGCGAUCCGGGCGCCUGGACAGGAAGAUUGAGUUCCCGCUGCCAAAUGAAGAAGCCAGAGCCGGUAUCCUCCGUAUUCAUAGUAGAAAGAUGACUGUUGAAGAUGGUGUAAACUGGAUGGAGCUGGCUAGGUCUACAGAUGAGUUUGGUGGUGCUCAACUGAAGGCUGUUUGUGUAGAGGCUGGUAUGAUUGCGUUAAGAGGUGGGAGGACAAAAGUAAGCCACGAGCACUACGUGGAUGCUAUCGGUGAAGUGCAGGCGAAGAAGAAGGAUACGGUCAACUUCUACGCGUAA